AUGAGAAAGGCAAUCAGAGGCAACUCCAUCCUAGCCCUAGCGAUUCUCCUUUUGAUGCUUCAAUAUGAGGCUAUUCAUUCAGUGCCAGUGACCUAUAAAGUUGGAGAUGAUUAUGGUUGGGACCUAUCGAUUAGCCUCCAAGCAUGGACUAGAGGGAAGAAUUUCCAUGCCGGUGAUAUUCUAGGAGAUGAUAAAAUCCCUUUGGCCUUUGGAGGUAAUUAUUUUAUCUGUAGUACUCGACCUGAUUUGUGUGCUGCCGGAAUGAAGAUGGCGAUCAAUGCCACCGCACCGCCACCGUCAUCAAAAUAA